AUGUCAAGCGCCGAGAUGUUGCUUGUGCGCAGGCUUCAGAAGUCGGCGAACAGAGACGAGACCAAAGAGCUGAUCGAGGUGCUCGACUCCUUGGUUCCGAGAAUAACGAAAGCAAGGAGGCAUCGAUCGUCUUUGAAGUCUGGGAGGAGCCUGACGCAGCUGCUCUCGGACCUGCGGUGUAGGAUAGAGAAGCUUUUGAGCAUUCCGCAGAGUGUGGACGAUGUUCAGAUCUCUGACUUGCUCAUCAAGAGGGGGAUCCUUGAAGCUCAGAAGCCUAUCAUCGUCAUCGAUUUCAACAGCUUGAAAAUCCUGUCUCUCAGCUCUGGUGCGAGGGAAUGGUUUCGGAGCAUGCCGUUCGCCGGCCCCAUGGGUCAGAACCUCCUUCAUUUCUCCCCUCACUCCCACCGAAAUGCCGUCCAUCAACUGUUGCACAAGAGCAAGAGCACAGAAGCGAAGAGCGAGCGCAGCGAUGGGAGCACGUGCAAAGAGCCGCCUGCAAAGGAGCGCAUUAUCACCAUGUAUCAUUUCCAUAAAUCCUCCCUGAGGUACUGUCAAUGUGCCCUAGAGGAGGUGUGCAACGUCCAAGGACAGCAUUCCUUCCUAUUCUUCCAGUCAUGCGAGGAACAACAGACCAGUACGACUUCCAACAGACCGGGUGGCUUCGAGGACUUCUCAGGUGUCUACAGCUUCGAUUUCUUCUCCUCGACACACCUACCAUGGGAUCAGAGGCCGUGCUUUGCAAGUUCCUCCUCGCUGCCAUUCAUCUUCUCGGGAUGGAGAGCAAUCUGGGAGGAUCCUCGGAACAUUGCAGAGCUUAAAGAGCACUACAAGUCAGAUUCUGUGGAUGCUAAGAUGAACAUGGCGAACCGGCUGCAGCUGUCCUGCAGCCUGUCCAAGUCGCUAACGGGAGACGGUCACCGGUGUCUCGUCAAGUUCAGGAUGAACCUUCCGUCGUUGAAGGGCUCGAUGACGGCGGGAUGGCGUGAGGACUGCGAGAUUGAGCUCAACGGUAUCCCCAAGUACCUGGGGGGAGGAAGGUACAUAUCUGUCGUUACCCAUGCAGAAUCAGAUGCUAAUAAGCUCAUCUUCACCGAGUUUCACCUGAAAGAGGAACAUCAGAAGCUUGUCUGCUUCGCUUCGUAUCAUACGCAGAUGAAGCAAAUGCACGUGAUUGUGCAUGGACAGACCUACUUGGAAGCAAACAGAGAGUGGAGGGAAACUAGGUUUGUUGCUCAGGCUGUAUAG